AUGUCCUACGAUCGAUAUCUGGCCAUUUGUAAACCACUGCAUUACACUCAAGUAAUGGAUACUCAGCUUUGUAAUAAGGUAGUUUUGUUAUCCUGGUCAUUGAGUUUCUCUUUAGUUCUCAUAACAAUUAUUCUUAUAUGUCAGCUUGAGUUCUGUGGUCCAAAUGUUUUAGAUCAUUACUUUUGUGAUUUUGCACCACUUGUAGAACUUUCGUGUUCAGACACUACACUCUUGAGAACAGAAGUCCUUGUGCUCUCCAUCCCGGUAGUCUUAUCUACUUUUGUUUUCAUUAUUGUGACUUAUGUGUGCAUUUCUAUGGCUAUCCUCGGAAUAUCCAGCAUCAAUGGAAGGAAGAAAGCAUUCUCCACUUGCAGCUCCCAUUUGGCAUCUGUCUGCUCGUAUUAUGGCCCUCUCAUUAUUAUUUAUAUGGUACCGUACAAGGUAAAUGCCCUUAAUGUUAACAAAUUUCUUUCAAUAUUAUACACAGUGGGCACUCCAUUAUUUAACCCCUUUAUAUACAGUCUAAGAAAUCAGGAGGUUUAUCUAAAACAGCUUACACAAGUGGCAGAUCUCUUGAUCUCAAUAUAG